AUGAUAUUAAAUCCUUUUACGGUUAACACAGCAAUUCACCUGAACAUCGAAAUCAUUUCUUCGGAGUUAUUGGUGAUUUGUUCAUCUUUAUGGAUUGGAGUGAAGCUCACUAUAUUUUUUAAGAGAAGUUUCCGGUGGAGAGAACACUGUUUUCCCCGUUUAAGUUUGGAUAGCACGAAUCUUAUUCUCAUAAUCGCUGCGCAUUUUUUGCUGCCGGAAGUUUGGUUAUUGCAGAUGAUAACAGCAGUGAUAGCUAUGGUCUCGGCUAUCACGGACAUGGAUUUGAUGAUGACUAAUCUAGGGGAAUUGGUCAAGUCAAAGGUGCUUGGUGCCUGCAUAAUUGUAUCCUGGGAGAGUGAACGCGGUUCAUAUAUUUUGCCCUUAUCUUCCGUGUUUUUUGCGCUAACUCAGUUCCUGCGAUGGCCAAGGCGCCUGAAAGAUUUCCUCAGUGAAGUGCGAAUCGUCUGUGGCCCUGCCUUUCCCCUUUCCGUCUUCGCAACAUGGUUGAAACGGAGUGAACCCUCUGGCUUGUCGUUCUGGGUUCUUCUCGUUGCUGUACCCUGUUCCUCGGUAGCCGCCAUCUUUUUUCGCCCCGACAACUCUGAAGUUUUGGACUUGUUUCAUCUGCCAGUCCCCAGCCAGAGAAACAGGAAAGUUUGUCAUGCAAUAUUGAUGAUUUUCAGUCUCCUCUGUAUGACAGUACAUAUUUCAUUGUAUCAAACUUUUCCUUGCAUGAACUUUCAACGUGUUUGUAUAGUGGUGGUCACGCUGUGCGUGUGUUUCUUUCUUUUCGCCACUGACACCGCGCGUAUCAUUGCAUCGGCCGUGUUUUCGGGCAGCCGUGACCGUGACUGACAAUAACGAUAACUUUACAAUUGAUGGAAGAAGUCAGGGAAAUUGGUUGGAAGAGAGAGAUAUACAUUGUUAUCUUAGUAUAAUAGUAAACUGGGAAAAUACGUACUGCCUAUCAUCUCUGUGUACAAGAGAGUCAAAGCUUAGAGCGUUCCAAUUUAAAUUCCUUCACAGAAAAAUAGCCACAAAUGACUUUCUGUACAAAAUAGGUAUCAAACAAACAGAUUCCUGCUCCUUUUGCGAGGAACAAAAGGAAACCCUCGUUCAUCUAUUCUGGACUUGCAAAUACACUCCGAACUUCUGGAAGAGCAUGUUGUAGUGGAUCUCUCAAAAUUUCAAAGAUUUAGAAAAUGUCUCUCCCUCAUUGUCUCUCUGUUUCGGUCUCAUUGACGACGUAAGAGACCUUCUCUUUCAACACCUACUCCUUAUAGCUAGACAUUACAUAUACACCUGCAGACUUGGGAACAAGCUUCCUAAGCUGCAGGUGUAUAUACAGGUACUUAUGAACUCGAUAGAAAUUGA